GGCGGCGCGGCUCCUCGCGCGACACUCUGUUGCCCUGCGGCCCGUCCGCCUCACGUCAGACUCCAGUCGACCCAGUCCGCACGAGCCGAUGACUCAGUCCUGGUGACAUUGCAGUGCAGUGCGAACGGUGGUGUAAUUACAUGUAAGAGAGCCAGUGGUGUGGUGUUCACUUGACAUGUGGGGAGUGCGAUGGCGUUAGGCACUAUGACCCGGCGACCGCUUUUGCUUCUCGCCCUGCUGGCGGUUGCGCUCGCUAAUCAGCUCGAAGAUAUUCCUCACAAUGAAGUCAAGAAUUGGGCACUAAAAUUCGGCGUCGACCUGUGGGAGUUCGGCCGGCAUUUCACCAAAAUGAAUCAAAUACAGAACAAAUACCGCGAGUACAACGUGGAGGUGAACCGAAAAGACGGCCUGAUCUUAGUGCGAGAACUCGCCGCUGAAGUUAAGAAUCAUAUGGACUUCAAAAUUAACGCUGUCAUGCGUAUCAUGGACUCAGCCGAGGCGGCGGCGCUAUCAGCCGGCAGCAGCAGCACCGACGGUUCCCCGGGCUCGUACUACGACGCGCGCUGGUUGAAUGUACACGCAGACGACGGCACGCUGGCUGCCCGGGCACGUCGUCUGCUCCUAUCACCCAGCAGACAUUUCGAUCAUAUUGCCGUCAAUACCAGCUACAGCGCGGUGCUCAUGCCACCUUAUAUAAACACUGAAGAUGGCGAGGUACAAAACCAGAUUGCAUGGUCCGAACACUUAGAUCCUCUUUUUGUGAACAAUUAUGAAAUCGACCCAACCCUCUCGUGGCAGUACUACGCCUCAUCCACUGGCUUCAUGAGACGUUACCCAGCGAUGUCUUGGCCACCGGAGGACGGUUACUCGCACCACGCACGCGAUUUCUACGACUUCAGGUCGUCGAACUGGUUCGUCGAAGCCGCUACCUCGCCUAAAGACCUCGUGAUCCUAUUAGACGACUCCGACGACCUCGGCUCGUCGUACCGCCGCCUCGCGAAGGCUACAGUAUCGGCUCUGCUCGAUACACUCGGCCCCAACGACUUUGUUAACGUGUACAAAUACAAUGAUUCUGUGAAUGAGUUGCAUCCCUGCUAUACGAAAAUUUUAGCCCAGGCUGUACCUGAAACUAUACGGGAGUUGAAAAGUGCGCUGUGGGCAUCUGAGGCGUCAGGUGGCGCUGCCAACCUCACCGGCGCUCUCACCACGGCCUUUGCGAUACUCCAACGGUAUAACCGCACUGGUCAAGGAUGUCAGUGUAACCAAGCGAUAGCAGUGGUGGGGGCGGGCGGCGGUGCAGGGGGAGUAAAGGCCGUGUUCCGUACAUGGAACUGGCCGCAUAUGCCUGUGCGCAUCUUCACUUAUCGUGUGGGGGGAGAUGCGGCUUCCGGCCAUAAUAUGAUGGACAUGGCUUGCACAAAUAAAGGUUUCCACGUUACAAUCAAUGACCACGGGGAGAUUCGUGGUAAAGUGCUCCACUUCAUGGAAGUGCUGGCACGACCGAUGGUCAUGUACCAAACCAUACACCCAGUGCACUGGAGCCCCGUUUAUGUCGGUGGAAGGAGCAGCAGUCUGGACGAUGACGGUAUGGGGCAAUUGAUGACAUCCGUCUCAGUUCCAAUUUUCGACAGGAGAAAUCGUACGCAAAGAGAAGCCAACUUACUCGGAGUAGUUGGUACCGACGUUCCUGUCGAUCAAAUUAAGAAGCUCGUGCCACCAUAUAAGUUAGGCGUAAAUGGAUACUCAUUUAUGGUGGAUAACAACGGGCAUGUUUUGUAUCAUCCUGAUCUAAGGCCUUUGCACACCAAUGAGGAGUACACGGAAACGCUACGACCUCUGUACUCCAGCGUCGAUAUAACAGACGUAGAGCUUCUAGUUGACUCAGAAGACAAUCCUCGAGUCAAUCUAACAUCUCUUCUUCUUGAUUUGCGACAUGACAUGAUAGAGCAGCGCGAGGGGGAGACUGAGAUGGGUGUGAAAGUCCAGUACGAUGGCAUGCGACGCGUGUCGACUCGGAGGCAGCGCUACUUCUACAGCCCAGUGGAGGGCACGCCGUACUCGCUGGCCGCCGUGCUGCCGGACGGGUACGGCAUGUACGAGCUGCAGGCCGAGCAGGAGAUCAAGCACAGCCCUAUCAAUGUCACAGAAUACUUUAAAGGCGAUAACUGGAAAAUUCAUCCCGACUGGGUGUAUUGCGAAUAUGCAUCAACAUCGGAGCAAACGUUCACGUCGGCGGAGGAACAGCUGGUGCACUUCCUGACGCGCACCGGCCGGCCCGGCUGGAAGUGGAUGUCUCUGCGGCCGCGUGCGCUCACGCUACACAACGCGCACAAGAAGCAAGACCGCGACGCCUAUUACUGUGAUAAAACAUUAGUGCAAUCCUUAGUACGGGAUGCAAUGGUAAUAAAAGAAUUGGACGCUCACACUGGACAUACGAGCCAUCACUCUCACCCGAUAGCGACAUUAAUGGUUCUACUUGCAAGACAAGGGCGUUUUCACAAGUUUGUGGUGAAUUUGUCUUUCAUCGCUACUAGAAGCGGCCUUCUCAAGUGGAAUGAAAAUAUCAAUAGCUCAAGGUCAUCUGACUCUUCUGAACCACAUUUCAGCGAAAAAUAUGCGCGUGCAUACGACUCCGAAUGGUACCGCCGCGCCGUAGAACAUCACUCCAUUGAACCAGAAAGUUUCGUCUACUCGGUUCCCUUUCGCGAUGGUUCGGAGCCGGAAGAUUUUAGUGGGAAACCUCCUCUUGUUCUCGCAACUCAUGCAGUAUUCGUAGAAUCUAGAGGGCAUAGAGCUCCAGCGGCCGUCGUCGGAUUGUACUUUCAACUGGACUCGCUAGCGAAACAUUUCUUAAACGUUACAUCAACGUGUACACCGGGAAGUGUUUGUAAGAAGACAUGCGCCGGUGACGAGUUGGACUGCUACAUUCUAGAUGACAACGGUUUUAUAAUUUUAUCAGAAGAUCUCUCCCAAACGGGUAGAUUCUUUGGCCAGGUGGAUGGAACUAUAAUGGAUUCUCUUGUACAAGAUAGAAUUUACAAAAAGGUGACGGUACACGACCAUCAGGGUCGAUGCCCAGAUUCAAGGAAUCCCUUCAGUGGGGACGGCAACAAGUUGACACCUAUGAAACCGUUGUCCUGGCUUGGUAGAUACGUGAUAAAUUUGCUAGCAGUUUGGUUUCCGUUAUGGGAGACCAUACAAGCGCGUCCUCGUGCACACACCGAAGAAGAUUUAGACUACGAAGAUUACGAAAACGAGGAUAUGGAGAACGAGGACGACCCGGACCGAGACCGUGGAACCUACGAGAUCAUUAUAGACGGGCUAGGGGAGGUGUCUCGCGAGGGCGGCGCCCCGGCCGCGAGCCCCGGGCCGGCGCGCGAGCCGCCGCGCUCCGCCGUGCGCUCGGCCGCCGUGCGCCCCUGCGACACCAGCGCGGAGCUCUUCACCUUGCAGUCCGGCCGCCUCAAUGCCGCGCAACCGCUCAAGGGGAAACUCACCAACUGUCAUAACUCCGGAUGCGAAAGGCCGUUCAGCGUGCAGAAGAUCCCGCACAGCAACCUGAUCCUGCUGGUGGUGGACACGCUGUGCCCGUGCGGCGCCAAGCGCCUGGACGUGCGCGCGCGCGAGGCGCCGGCGCGCGCCGCCUGCCGCCGCGCGCCGCGCGCGCUGCCGCGCCGCCGCCCGCCCGCCUGCGUGUCCUACCACCCCGAGGAAAUUGAGAUACAGUCGUGCAGUCGCAGCGCUAUCCCGAGACCGUUGUUCGCCGCGGUCGCCGCGGUCAUCUUCCGGCUCGCCUUCACUCUCUCAACGUGA